GGAUUGUUCUCGGCGGGCCACCGUAUUUCCGUAUAGUCACGUUACUGUGGGCAUGUUAGCGGUGCUGGUACAGAGAAGUUGUCCUCUGUGAUGGCUGCCAUCUCUAUAAACUCCUUCAUUUGGCCCACAGCUAACCUGACUGAAGGAACCUAGCCACAAGGUAACCUUACAGGAUGGCGACACAGCCAUGAGUAAAAGAAAUCAGGUAUCCUACGUGAAGCCAGCAGAACCCACAUUUCUGGCAAAGUUUAAGAAAGAUGUUGGCUUCAAAGCAGGUCCAACAGUGGACACCAAGCGACAGGAACUUCCGGUGUUUGGGGAUGAAGACGAUGGCAGUGAUAAGGAGGAUGAAAAACCACAGGUGGUAGUCCUUAGGAAAGGUGAUCUUUCAGAAGAGGAAGUUAUGAAAAUUAAACAGCAAAUUAAAGGGACCUCAAAAGACGAAGAAUCGUCCCCUGCUGACGGAAAGAUCCUAUUUAAAAAGCCUGUAAAACGCUCCUCUGGUGACAAGUUUUCAGGCAUUAAUUCCAGUUCUAGCAAAAAGCAGAAGCCAGAAGAAAGUAAAGAUUUGAGUAGCAAAUCAAGCCAGAAACAAGUGCGAAAUAGCAGUUUACUCUCAUUUGAUGAUGGUGAAGAUGAAGAUUAGUGUUUUUGUGUAGACCAUUCCGUCUUCAGUUUUGAUAUUUAACUAAGCAGGUCUCUUGACCUGUAAUUGUACAAAAUGUAAUUCAUUGUCAACCAAAUCUGAAAAAAAACUUUUUGGAAUAGCCAACAAUAAAAAUAUCACUUUUGUAAAAUAUUGCUGUAACACUUUUUAUGUGUAUACGGUAUUGUUGUUUUGUUUUUAAGUGGGUAGCUUAGCUUUUUUGCUGUAGACUGAACAUUGAGUUUUACAAGUUGUACUUGAAAAAUACUAAUAAAAUGUAAAAUUGCUUUUGGAUUUUCAAUUAAUGAGAAAUAGAAUCUGCUAUUUGGUCAGGAUUGAUUUUAAUGGUUUAAUUUUCUUUUUAGUUUGCUAUGUUAAGACUC